AGUAAUUAGAGAAUGAAUGUGUUGUAUAUAAAAAUAAUUAUAAGGCUUACCAAUUAUUUUAAUUUUUGUUUUUAUUUCUGAGUUCUUUAUUAUAAAGUGACACACGGCACGCGCUAUAUGAAUGCUGAACUUAACCUUAAAAAAUGAAAAAUUUAUUAUCUUUAUCAAUAAAAGGUAUAAGACAAAAAUUAAAUGCUGGCAAUAUACGACCAUCUGAGGUUUGCAAAGCUUCUAUCGAUCUUACAAAGCUUAUUAAACCACUGAACCCUUAUAUCACGGUAACUGAAAAUGUAGCAAAAGAACAAUCGAAGGAUGCAGAUAUUAGACAAAAAGAAAAUCAUAUUUUGGGUGAUCUCGAUGGUGUUCCUAUUGCAAUCAAAGAUAAUUUUUGUACGGAAGCAGUGCCAACGACUUGUGCGUCUUUUAUGUUAGAAAAUUUUAUUCCUGGAUAUAAUGCUACCGUCUAUCAAUGCCUUAGAAAUGCUGGUGCAGUUCUGGUUGGUAAAACUAAUCUAGACCAAUUUGCUAUGGGCUCAGGGACUAUUGAUUCAUAUUAUGGGCCAACAAUAAAUCUAUGGGGUUCUGAAAUAUUAUCUAAGCAUUAUUUAUAUGAAGAUGGUACAGAGAUAAACACACAACUCUUAGCCGACAAAGAUAAGUGGCAUAUAGCAGGUGGUAGUAGCGGCGGUUCUGCAGUAGCAGUAGCUACUCACAGUUGUUAUGCAGCAAUAGGAUCUGAUACUGGAGGAUCUACUCGUAAUCCUGCUUCUUAUUGCGGUCUGAUUGGAUUAAAACCAACUUAUGGAUUAGUUUCAAGAAACGGUCUUAUACCUUUGGUAAAUUCAAUGGAUGUACCUGGUAUUCUUACCAGAUAUGUGGAAGAUGCUGUUUUAGUUCUAAACAGUAUAGCAGGACCGGAUGAUACAGAUUCUACUACUAUAAAAAAAGAUUAUGAGCCCUUUUCAAUACCAGAGAAAAUUGAUAUAAGUAAUUUAUGUGUUGGUAUACCAAAAGAAUAUAAAAUUGAUGGAAUAAGUAAAGAAAUACAGAAGUGCUGGGAUGAAGUUGCUUCACUAAUAGAAGAAGCAGGUGCUAAAGUAAUUCCAGUUUCUCUUCCAUAUACAGAUUAUUCUAUAGUGUGUUAUUCGGUAUUAAAUUGUUGCACUGUAGCGAGUAAUAUGGCACGUUAUGAUAGUGUUCGGUAUGGUUAUCGUGCAGAUGAAGAAAAUUCGCUAACUGAAUUGUACAGAAAAACAAGAUCCACAGGUUUCAAUGAUGUUGUUAAGAGUCGUAUAUUUGCUGGAAAUUUUUUUUUGUUACGAGAAAAUUAUGAACAAUAUUAUGUAAAAGCAAUGAAAUUACGUAGAUUAAUUUCACAAGAUUUUAACAAAGUAUGGGACAGUAAUAUUGACUUAUUACUUACACCUACUACCCUAACGGAUGCUCCAAUUUAUGAUGAAUUUGUAUUACUUGAUAAUCAGAGACAGUGUUUAAUUCAAGAUUAUUGUACGCAACCAGCAAAUAUGGCAGGAAUUCCAGCAGUCAAUAUACCAAUAAAAUUAUCUAAAAAGGGAUUGCCAUUAUCAUUACAAUUAAUGGCACCACCUUUACAAGAAAAAUGCCUGCUUAUUGUAGCUAAAUGGAUUGAAGACUGUGUACGAUUUCCGAGAAUACAAUUGAAAUAAGUGCAUACAAUACAAUGAAUGCCUUUAUUUAUUGUAAAUAUAUCUAUUUGUAUGUAAUUAGCAUAAUAAACAAAUUACCAUAUUUGUUAAAAACGCCACGGUGUAAUAG